UGUUUGUAUGACGUCACACUGGUGCAAUUGUUGAUUUUGAACUUAACAAUUUAUUUGUGUGUUAUUUCUGCGAGAUUUUAAGCAAUUCAAAGUGAUUAUUUAAACUUUAUAAACUUAUACUAAGGCAAAAUGAAGUGUGCAGUGGCAAAUUGUGAUAGUGAAAACUAUAGGCAAGCGUGCGAUAUAAGCUUUUUUUCGUUUCCUACGGACGAAGCUCUCGCCAGAAAGUGGAUGCAGUUUUGCCGGCGAGGAAGUGCAUUAUUGAAUCCCAAAUCGAGCUACGUGUGCAUGAAGCACUUUUCUAGUGAAGAUAUAGAAAACAAUCGACAGUUCGAAAUGGGAUUUGCAAAAAAACGCCUUUUAAAGCGUGGUGCUGUGCCCAGCAUUUACCCAGAGGAUGGGGAAACCUCCCAGCGUGCCGAAAGUGUUCAGCGCGAGGAGUACAAACAAAUUGUCAGCGAGUUACUUCAGCAGAGUGAACCUGUCGCAGUCAAUGAAGUUGUUAUAGCCGAGGCGAAUAACAGUGCCAACGUUGUUCCGAUUGACGAAAAUGUGGAGAAUAAGGAAAAUAGCCUAGUGGAUGCAAAUCUUUCCGAAAUCCCCGCGACUUCAACACCUCGUAAAGUCUUCUACUACGACAGCAGUUUGGAAGAAGUUGAGGAGCUGGAAGCUCAACUAAAAAGACUUAAGCGAGAAAACAAGACUCUGUUAAUGAAUAACAAAAAGAAGGACAUGGAACUGGCGGCACUCCAGCAAAAGUACGGUAAUGAGAAAAAGAAGCAUGACUAUGAGGUGGAACAGCUGAAAAAACGCUUGGAUGAAUACGAAGAUAUGUGUAAAAACAUGGAGAGCAAACUGUAUAAUAUCGCAAAAUGUCUUGUUAUAAAUUGCAUCGGGUAACA